AUGGAGCCCGUGAUCCGCGAGAAGACGCGGCAACUGCGAGACGUCCUUGCCCAGUGUGCCAAGCGUGGCCAGACGGUCAGCAUGAAGUCGCUCUUGGGCAAGUUCACGAGUGACGUGUUCACUCGCAUCGGGUUCGGCGUCGAGCUCGACCAACUUGCUGGCGAUGUGCUUCUGGACGAGAUGCACCCUCUUGACAUCGCCCUGCGCGCCGUGCAGAACCGUUUCCAGACGCCCAUGUGGAUGUGGAAACUCCAGCGGUUCUUCAACGUUGGGGCGGAGAAGCGGCUUCGAGCCAACAUGAACAUCGUGAAUGACAUGGUGCGGGACAUCAUGGUUCGAUCCAUGAGAGAGGCGCAAUCGACUGGCGAGGACCAGCUCAACGUCUUGGCGCUCUUGAUGAGGGACAAUGCCAACGCGAACCCGCGCGAGCUCCAGGACACGGCUGUCAACUUCUUCAUCGCCGGGAAAGACACGACGUCGUUCAGCCUGUCGUGGCUCAUCGUGAUGAUGAACCGACACCCUCGCGUGUUGCAAAAGAUUCGCGAAGAGCUUCGAGCCGUGGUCCCGGGGCUCUUGACUGGAGAAACGGACGUCCCAACGCUUGAGGAGACGCAGCAGCUUGUCUACCUGGACGCCGCAGUGAAAGAGAGCGUGCGGCUGCAGUCCGUCUCCACGUACCGAUGCACGACUCGAGACGCGACGCUUUCCGAUGGCGCUUUCAUCACGAAAGGGACCGUCGUGGUCGUUUCCAAGUACGCAGCUGCCCGCCGCAAAACCGUGUGGGGGGACGACGCGGCCGAGUACAGACCCGAGCGCUGGUUCGACGAGGCAACAGGAGCGCCCAAGAACAUCACGCCGCCGCAGUUCAUCACGUUCAGCACGGGACCACGCAAGUGCAUUGGCAUGCGUCUCGCCAUGCUCGAGAUGAAGACUGUCAUGGCCGUUCUCUUCAGUCGCUUCGAGAUCGAAACAGUGGAAGACCCGUUCGAGAUCACCUACGACUUUUCCUUCGUGCUGCCGGUGAAAGGCCCGCUGGCUGUGCGUGUCCGUGAACUCGCCGCAUGCUGCGCGUAG